AUGAACUCACUCAACAUCAUCUCGGGCCGUGUCUCACCGUCCACAAGCCCUUCUCCUUCGAGAUCAAAUUCCAUAACCUCGCUCGGCCUCGCGGUCACCUCCGAAGACAGUCCCGGCAGUGGCGAACCAACCGACAGAGAACCCUCAACAUCCGAUCCGGCCAGCUUGGAGAACGAAAAGCACGCCAACCACCACCACCACCACCACCGCGGCGGCAGUGCCGGAGACGGUUCAGACGAGAGCACGCCGUUGCUCUCGCACGGCGAUACCAAGGACCUGGGAUCGCGAUCCUCGGUGUGGCAUACCAUCCCGAAGCGCAUAGCAAGCACAUUCCUCAACUCGAUCCGUUGGGUUCUCUCAACGCUUGCCGCCCCCGGCGUGUACCUCAUCGCCUGCCUGUACGACGAAAACGGCAACUUUGCCCCCCUGCUACAGCUGCGCAAGCUGUUCGGCGCCUACAAUGGCGACGUGCGCAAGAUGACUGCCGAGUAUCAAGCCAUGGACGAAAAGGACGGUGGCCGAAACAGGACGCAGGGAGGGCGUAUCAUACCCCUACCUUCCAGACCACCGUUCACCUCGGGAUCUUCUUCUUCGGGCAUGUCUUCGGAAUCAGACUCGGAUAUGGAAAGGCAGACGAGCACAGCAAGUCCUACUAGUAGGCACACACGGUCCAAGUCACUGCAGUCUUCAGAAGAGAUAGCUCCCGCGCGGAGAUCCAUACGCAUCAAACUACACAAUGACGAGACACUGCGGCAACGCAAGCACCGAAAGGCGCAAUCCACGAGCAUGAAGGGUAGCAAUAGCGACAGUAUGGAUUCCAAGGACAUCUCGGCUCAGCUCAAGUCUCCCACAUCACCCAUCGCCGCCCUGACCAAAUAUCCUAAAACGCCCGCGCCACCGAGGCCUCUGAUCCCGCGGCGGCAACCUUCAUAUCUCAACAUCGAACCUACAGACCGGACGCACCAAAAGACGCUGAUCCUGGACCUGGACGAAACUCUCAUACACAGCAUGUCGAAAGGAGGGAGGAUGAGCUCGGGACACAUGGUAGAAGUACGACUGACGACGACAUACGUGGGCGCCGCAGGACAGCAGAGCCUCGGACCCCAGCAUCCCAUCUUGUAUUAUGUUCAUAAACGGCCGUUUUGCGAUGAUUUCCUGAGAAGGGUCUGCAAGUGGUACAACCUGGUCGUCUUCACGGCGUCGGUGCAAGAGUAUGCCGACCCCGUCAUUGACUGGCUCGAGUCGGAGAGAAAGUUCUUCUCGCGGCGGUAUUACCGCCAGCACUGCACGUACCGGGCCGGGGCGUUCAUCAAGGACCUGAGCUCGGUGGAGCCCGACCUGAGCAAGGUGAUGAUCCUGGACAACAGCCCGCUGAGCUACAUGUUUCACCAAGACAACGCCAUACCAAUACAGGGAUGGAUCAAUGACCCGACGGACUACGACCUGAUGCACCUGAUACCACUUUUCGAAGGUCUCCAAUACGUGUCGGACGUGCGGGCGCUGCUGGCGCUGCGCAACGGCGAGGAGGGUCAGCAACAGCAACAGCAGCAGCAAGCAGCAUGA